UUCUUCCAUUAACAUAACAGCAACUGAACAACCUUAAUUCUCUCAAUUAUCAGAAGCAUUUUUCAAAUUAUCAAAACGUGAUGUAUUUUAAUAACAACAGAACCACAACGCCUUUCGGGACCCAAUGGGGUGCUCCUCGUUACAACAAGACACCUUCCAAGGUGGUUUCGAUUCCGGUUCGUUUUGUUGGGUCUGAGAGAAACAAAAAUGAUUCAGCCAUAAAGAUUCAGAGGGUUGCAAGAGGGUUUCUUGUGAGGAAGAGUAUGAAGAAGAUGUUGAAGAUGAAAGUGGAGUUGGAGGAAAUUGAGAAGAAGGUGAAUAGUGAAGAAACUGUGAAGAUGAUGAAGAAUGAGCAAAAGGAGAGGAUAAGAAUCAGUGAAACCAUUAUGAAUUUGCUUCUUAAGUUGGAUUCUGUUAGAGUGUUUCAUUUUUCUGCUCUUAGGGAGUUGAGAAAGUUGCUCAUUAAAAGGGCCAUUUUUCUUCAAGAAUUGGUUGAUCAAAUUCAAAUGGUGAGUCCCACAGAUGACGUUGAAGAGAACUGUUCGGAGAAGGAAAAGGUGGGGUGUGAAGAGGAGAUAGAGGGUGGUAAAAAAGUUGAAACUUUGGUGAAUGAGGAUGGAGGGGGUAACUGUGUUGAAAAUGAAGAAGGAGGGUGUGAGGUGGAGAAUGAGGAUGAUGGUAAGGGUAUAUGUGUAAAAGAAGAUGAUAAUUGUUUGAUGAAGGUAAAAGAGGAAGAGGGUGAAGAUGAGGAUGAGAAGAAAAUGGAGGAAGAAGAGAGUGUGGGAUCAAGUUUGAUGGAGCAAGAAAUUGAGGAGGAUAUAGUGGAUGUGAAAGAAGAAGAGGGUAGAGAUGUAACUUUAUGUGAUGAGGAAGAGGAUGAGAAAAGGGAAAUAUUGAUAAGGAUGAUGAAUGAGAAUGAGAAGAUGAUGCAUAUGAUGACACAAUUGUUUGAGAGGAAUGAGAAACAAACAUCACUUCUCACAUCUCUCACACAAAGAGUGGAGCAGCUUGAGAGAGCAUUCACUUGUGACAAAUUGAAGAGGAAGAAUAAGAAUAGGAGACAUGUUGAUGCCAAACAUAGAUAUCAAUAAUGGAUGCAUAUGAUGAGUUUGGCUUUGUUUUUUUUUUAAAUCAUAUUUUGUAAUGAAUUUUGUUGUCUCUUAAGUUAGUGUUUAUUGUUAUCAAUGUAACUAACUAAUUUCAAUGAAGUGGCUUGCCUAUUUUCUUUUGA